UCUUAAGAAAAUUGCUUAAGUGAGAGAGAAAUAAAAGAUUUAAAGUAAAUUUAUUUAAAAAGAAAAGUAAAAAAUCAAGUAUCAUACAAAGUAAAUUCAUUUUUUUAAUAAAAAUAUAUUUGUAAUGUCUACAAAAACCACAAUAAAACCAACAACUAACACAACGUCAAACCAAUUAACAACAUCACGUACAAAUGUAACAGCAAUACCAGCAGCAACAAUAGAGGAUACAAACGAAACAGCAGCAGCCAGUACUGCAGCAACAACAAUUCUAAAUGCAGUUCCAGCGCCACAAGAACAGCUAGCAACACCAGCAAAUCCAACAGCAACAACUUUAAAUGCUAAUUCAACAAUUGCAAAAAAGUCAUUAAAACAUAAUAAUGUUUUAAGAAAAACGAGGCGGCAAAGACCAUACGUUAUAACAGAAACACAAACAACUGCAGUUGCAACAACAAAGACAACGACACAACAACCACCAACGUCACCACAAAAACAACAACAAAGACAACCACGACCACUAAUUACAACUACAUUUGCAACAACGACUACAUCAUUUACAGCUGCCAUUGCCGCAGCCCUAUUGCAAACGACAAAUGCUACCACCGCUACAGCUUCCUCUUCAUAUGAAGUUGCUGGUGCAUCAUCAUACUCAUCAGCAUCAUCGUCAUCACCUGCCGUUACACACAUACCACCGUCAUUAUCGAUCGAUAGUUCACUACAGUAUCCCAUGGCGGUGUUGGAUGGCACUUUAGCCCAAAUGGAACCGAAUGCAACCACAGCACAUUUACUGCAUAAUUCAGUCAUUUCCACUGCCACAUCUGCUUUAGCUUCCGCUGCUGCAGCAGCUUCAACAGCUAACACAACACUAUUACUAGAUGAUGAUGGUGGCGGCGGCACGGAUUCCGAUGGUGAUUGGUUUGAUGAUGCUAUUUUAGCUUUGAAAGCUUUUGUCAUGUUAUUUAUAAUAAUUGCCGCCAUUUUUGGAAAUUUACUUGUUAUUAUUUCUGUGAUGCGUGUUAGAAAAUUAAGAAUCAUAACGAAUUAUUUUGUAGUCUCGUUAGCCAUGGCUGAUAUUAUGGUCGCCAUAAUGGCCAUGACAUUUAACUUUAGUGUACAAGUAACAGGACGUUGGCUUUUCAGUCCAUUCCUAUGCGAUUUGUGGAAUAGUUUGGAUGUCUACUUUUCAACAGCGAGUAUAUUGCAUUUAUGCUGUAUAUCAGUCGAUAGAUACUAUGCCAUCGUUAAGCCGUUAAAGUAUCCGAUUAGCAUGACAAAACGCGUUGUUGGCAUUAUGAUACUCAAUACAUGGAUUUCGCCAGCUCUACUAUCCUUCCUGCCCAUCUUUAUUGGUUGGUAUACCACCGAUGAUCAUAAGAAUUUCGUGAAAUUACAUCCGGACCGCUGUGAGUUCAUUGUAAAUAAACCGUAUUGUGUCAUCUCUAGUUCAAUAUCAUUUUGGAUACCGUGUACCAUUAUGAUUUUCACCUAUUUGGCAAUAUUUCGUGAGGCAAAUCGUCAGGAGAAACAAAUGAUGAUGCGUCAUGGUAAUGCAAUGUUAAUGCAUCGACAUUCAACUGUUGCCGGAACCGGAAGUGAAGCUUUAAGCGGUUCUGGUUCUUCAAAGACUUUAACUCUGCAUGAGGUGGAACAGGAUCAUACACCAACGAAAGAUAAACAUUUAAUUAAAAUGAAACGAGAACACAAGGCUGCAAGAACUUUAGGUAUAAUUAUGGGUACAUUCAUACUCUGUUGGCUGCCAUUCUUUUUGUGGUACACUAUAACCACAUUAUGUGAUGCCUGUACAGUACCCGACAUAGUUGUAGCCAUCUUGUUUUGGAUUGGUUACUUUAACUCCACCCUAAAUCCCCUUAUAUACGCUUAUUUCAAUCGUGACUUUAGAGAAGCUUUCCGCAACACACUCCAGUGUCUGUUCUGUAACUGGUGGAAAGAUCGUCAUAUGCCACUGGACAUUGACAUCCGACGCAGUAGUUUGCGUUACGACAAUCGUGCGAAGAGUGUUUACUCUGAAAGUUACCUCAAUGCCAAUCAUCCACAGCGUCGUACUAGUCAGUUAGUAGAAAGUUUAUAA